AUGGAACAAGAGAGGGAGCAAAAGAAAUGGGAGUUAGACCAAGAGUUAGAACGCAUGAGAAUGGAGUCUAUCGAAAGAGAAAAAGAUCGUUUGUUUGAAAUGGAAAAACUGAAGCGUUUGGAGUAUGAACAGGAGCAGGCUCGUGAACUUGAGCGCACCAGGCUUAAGCUGGUGGCCGAAGUGCCAUUGCAUCAAAUUCAGUUGCAGUCUGGGUUUGUGAAUGGAGAGGUGACUAUAGCUGUACGUCCGACUCUACCUGUUGAAAAUAUUGACAUGAUCAUCGGAAAUAAUUUGGGAGGGGAUUGUGUGUGGCCGGAGAGGUUAUGUCCGCCUCCCGUGGUCAAAACAGUUCCAACGCCAUCAGCUGAGCUGGACAAAAGUCUUAAAGAUUUUCCAGAGGUGUUCACUGCCUGCGCGGUGACGCGAGCAAUGGCUCGCGCUCAGACACCCUGCACACGCCCAGACUCAAACCCACGAACAGCAGCACCUUGGAUUGGGAGAUACAUUUCAUCAAGUACCGUACUUAUAAACACCUUUGCUGCUCUCUGUCUUGGUGGCAACACUGGUGUUUUGAAUAUGAAUCUUCCUGACCACAGCAUGCAUAGUCCUGGUGAGGGCUGUCUGAAAGAAGACAAAUCUGAGAUGAUGGCCUCCUGCUGCCGUAACAUGUUUGAGGAUCCUCUGGCCGCCUAUCCGAACAACUCCAUCAUUUCUCAUCUGCUCCGCAAGACCAUCCACAACAAAAGAGCUAUGAAUGGAAACAUGUUCUAUCUACCACCUCCAGCCACCCUCUCUGGCCUAGACGACACAAGCAUGAUGGUGUCCAAAGACAGCAUGGAACCCCCAGACCUUCGAGAGCACCACCCUCCAAUUAGCACAAGCGUUGAGGUGGAGCGACCCCUAAGUGACCAUCUCCAAGCAAAGAGAGCUCGAGUGGAGAACAUCAUACGGGGCAUGGCGGGAUCACCCAACUCCAGGCUCCAGGGAGAAGAGGACAUUGGUGACCCCGAUCUCGAGCUGGACAGAAAAGAGCUCAACAAAGAGAACAAGCGGAAACAGAGACUUCCUCAGCACCAGGAGAGCAGCGCAGAUAGCGAGAUGCUAGCAAACAUGGCCGGCAGCAGAGGCGGCAGCAGCAGCAGCAUCAGCACCAGCAAGAACCAGGAGUGUCACAAGCUGAAGCAGCAGCUCCAGAGCAUGCAGAGGCUCCUCCAGCAGCUCGAGGACAAGUUCUUUCAGGUCUACAACCAACACGACUCCGAGAACAGCAGAGCAGAAGACGAGACUGGCGACAUUGACAUUGCUGAUCAUAGCAACAGUUUGAUCCAAACAAAAGCUGCCAGUGAAGUAACAAAUGGCUUGAGUGUUAGUGAGGGAUGUGAAAACAGGCCAGACUGGAUGGCAGGCUGUCCGAGAGAAAAAGCCAUGGUGGACAUCAACUGCCUGAGCAGCAAGAGGGAUGGGAAGAACCUGCAAGAGACUCUUAAGUAUGAGCUGUCUAGAGCUGUGAAUGAAAGCAUUGACACUGUGUUCCAAAAGCUGUCAUCUACUCUACUGAGUCAGUCGUCUCCAUCAUCGUUGUGCCAUCCUUGCACUCCAGACAAUGCAGGAUCUGUGAAGAGGACUCACAUGUCAUGCAGUCCCCUUGUGCCAUCUAACACAGAAGAAGCCACCAUCAAACCAAGGCCUCUUCCGUAUUAUAGGAGCUCAACUCCACAAACCCCGGAGCAACAAACUGAGGCCCUAUCUCUCGUUGUUCGUAAGUCCCCAAACAGCCCGCUGAACUCGACCAGUCAGUCUAUUAAACAGCCCUAUCCAUUCCAUCAGCCUCCAUUUCAGUUUGGUUAUGCCGCUCCCCUGCAUGAUACCCAGAUCCUAGAGCAUCUCCUUAAGUAUGGUCCCCAUGGUAACCUUGGGGGCCUCACGUGCCUCCCACCCUCUCUGGACAGAGCCUCCCCGGACUCCGAAGACCUGCCUUGGGAGAGUAUAUCCAUGAGAUCCAAAGUGAUGUCCAGUCACCUCGGGCAGCACAGCAGACCAGGGGUACUGGGCUCAGUGUCGGUGGACGGUCUGUGUCUCCCGCAUGUGAAGAUGGAGUGUCGAGAUCUUCAAAGUAUGGCAGAGAGGAGCUCCUACAUAUCACUCAGUAUUCAGGAAGGUUUGACUCCCAAUCAUCUGAAGAAGGCUAAACUGAUGUUCUUCUAUACACGUUAUCCCAGCUCCAGUGUUCUAAAAACAUACUUCCCUGAUGUAAAGUUCAACCGCUGCAUCACAUCCCAGCUGAUCAAGUGGUUCAGUAACUUCCGAGAGUUCUACUAUAUCCAAAUGGAGAAGUUUGCUCGACAGGCCAUCGUUGAUGGUGUGAACGAUGUGAAGGGGCUGUCCGUCACACGAGACUGUGAGCUUUUCCGAGCUCUCAACAUGCACUAUAAUAAAGCCAACGACUUCCAGGUUCCUGAACGAUUCCUAGAAGUAGCUGAGAUCACACUUCAAGAGUUUUUCACUGCUGUUUUGCUGGCCAAAGAUUCAGACCCCUCGUGGAAAAAAGCCAUCUACAAGGUCAUCUGUAAACUGGACAGUGAGGUUCCUGAAGAAUUUAAAACAUCCACCUACCUGUAAAGAACUUGAUAAUUUAUUAAUUCUAAGACAUCAUGUCUUAGAAUUAUGAGAUGAGAUGGAUGGAUGGAUAAGUAUUGGGUGAAAAAAAUAGAUUUAAGUAAACAUUACAUUAUUGAAAAUAUAAGAUUUUACCAUAUUUAAGGUAGCAUUGUGUUAAGUGUUACACAAGUGCAAGUGCUACACAAUUAUAUCCAGACAUCAACUUAAAAAAAAAAUCCAAAUUCUACAUGACCCCAUAUCAGGAAAUGGCACUAUCUUUCCUUUUAAAAAGUCCCUCAUUCAUUUCUUAUUUUCUGUUCUGUUCUGUUAACCAAAUGUCAAGUGUUCAUUUACGGAUGAUAAAUUAAGUGGCUAGACUACAUGAAUGUAAAAAAAUUGUAAACAAGACAUUUCGACAUUACCAUGUGGUAAUGACCAAUGGGAAUUUAUUUUCAUUUUAAAUUAACUUUUAGAGUAUUGCUUAAAAUACAUUGUAUUCUUACAAUGUAGAAACAUGUGUAAUUAUGAUAUAAAGUUUUCAUGGUACAUAUGUUGCAUUGUUGCAUAUGUUGCAUUGAGAUGGUAAAGCAGAACUAAUGACUUAUAUAGGAAUUUAAGCUUACAGUUAUUUUGUGAAAUCCAUAGAAACAUUUUAUAGCAGUGCUUUGAUGUGCUGGAUUUUUCAUAUUUUAAGUAGGUAAAGUACGUAGAUCUCUUCAUGAUUGUAAAUUACAUUAAUGUUGUAAAUUAAAUUAAGUUACCAUGUUACUUGUAUAUUUUUAAAUACCCUUCACCUAUUGAUGAAGAUGAAGAUGUCAUCAUUGUUUUUGUGCCAUAUAUUGUAUCUGCAGCUUUUGGUUUAACAUUAGGUAAAGAUUUUUUGCAUAGAUUAGAAUUUAGAGUUGGGUGUCUUUAAUAAUUGUGAACCAACAAGCUUUUUUUCUGUCUCAGGCCUCUCAGGUGCCACUCAUUCAUAACAUAAAGCCAACGGUUAAAAACCCACCAAACUAUUCAGCAGGCAUUGUGCUUUGGCUUUGGUCAAUUCAACUCACAUUUCUAAGGCCUGCGUUCAGCCUGUGGCCGUGGCAAGCGCCUGACACGUCUUAGAACAACAACGAUACAUUCAGGCCUACUGACUAAUGCACAGUGUGACCUCAUAACACGAUGUGCCAGGAAAGCAAAAUUCCUUUCGGUGACUUUUUCCUCCGAGCAUCCAGCCCAAAGCUCAUCACUCCAAAUGCAUGUGCACGCACCCACUGAACCACAACUGAGGGGACCACAUCUACAGUCAUAGGAAUAGAAAUGUUACUUUAUGUCUCAGAGAUGAAUUUAGCAUAAUCUACAUUAUGAUGCAUUGCCACACACAAACCUGUCAUUUCAUGAAGGUCCAAUUUCUUAUUGCAAUUAUACUGAUGACAGCCAGUUUGACCCUAAAUAAUGUAGCAAAAAUUAGAGGCUGAAGGAUGUGACAACUGUUUUGAUUAUGUGACACGUCUUUUAUUUAAUGAGCUUGGUAAUUCUGUCUGUAAGAAAAGGGUUUAACAAGUUAUUUCCUUAACAACAUGGAUUCAUUCAAAGGGAAACCCUCCAUGGUGCUUGAGAAAUUACAAUGGAGACAGUGGAAUUAAAGAAAACGAAAGCAGUAAUUGAAUUUGCUUUGCCAAAGGGUAAUUGAAUUGCACAGUAAUUAUUUAUCAGACAUUUCUUUUCAAUUAUAUUGAUAAACAAGACAUAAUUGAUUUAAAUUUUCAAUUAAACAUUGCAUGUAGUACAAGGUUGUUUGGCAGAGUUAAUUUGUGCUGACAUUUUGAACG